AGCAAGUCCACACUGCAGCUGAACAUCUCCAUCAGCACCUGCACAUUAGACUGAAACAUGCUAACACUGUUAGCUCGUCCGUUUGCCAUAACAUAACCAAAAUGCUACCUUGUCCAUUUGACUGUCGUUUGAAUAGUCGCACUCUUCACCACCAGGUUCACACAAAACAAAUAAAAAACAUGUACAUGAAAAGGACGAGAAAGCAUAAAAGCAUCAGUAUUUAAGCUAACGCUAGCCAUUGCUCGGUUUAGCGCAUGCGCAGAAGUGACGUCACGUUUCAUCCACUUUGGGCUGAUGAGAGUUAUAUAAAACAGCAGUUUUGCUGAUUAUUAUAUGAAAUGACAACACUUAGUCUAACGCCUAAUACAAACUGCAUUUUAUGCAACGUAGAAUAAUUUAUUCUGUGGACGCCUGUUAGCUUGGAACAGAGAGUGAUGCAGGGAUGAGUCACGUGAUCCAUUAAUCUUCGGCGUAUUUCCGCGUUCACGAGUCAAUCCGGAGAUGUACCAGCAGCACGGAUGCUGUUUCCAUCCUCCGCCGUCACUGGACACCGCCUGCUCUGAGUCAAUGAAACCCUAAACCCUCCAUCCUCCGCCGCUUCUCGUCCCUCCGUCCAGCCUUCCGUCGAGGCAGCCCCGCGCCGCGGCCGAGGCGGCGAGCUGGGGGGGAACCCGGGGAAGGGCAGCCGCGGCGCAGCGACGCACCGGCCGACGGACACGCCGCCGCGGCGCGCCAACCACAACAACAACAACAUGCUCACCCGGGUCAAGUCGGCCGUGGCCGGGUUCGUGGGCGGGAUAAUGACCGGGGGCGGCUCGGGGGCAGGAGGGGGCGGGAGUUCUGGCUCGGAUUUGCCGCUGAAAUUCCCGUAUAUGAGACCGGAGUUCCUGGGUCUGUCCCCGGACGAGAUCGAGUGCUCGGCGGACCACGUAGCUCGGCCCAUCCUCAUCUUAAAGGAAACCAGGAGAUUACCGUGGGCCACCGGAUACGCUGAGGUGAUCAACGCUGGUAAGAGUUCGCUGAACGAGGACCAGGCCUGCUGUGAAGUGGUCGUGGCCAGAAGGAGACCAAUGAGCUACUGCCCCCCCUCCACGCCCAGCAAGACCCCCACAGCCAAGAGACGCAACUCCCUACCCAACGGAGAAGGCCUGGGGCUUCGGCUGGAGUACAACAGAAUGGGAGAGGACAGCGACGGCCUGGUUUUUCACUACUGGGCUCUGUUCGACGGUCACGCCGGCUCAGGCGCCGCCGUCGUCGCCUCUCGGCUGCUUCAGCACCACAUCGCCUGCCAGCUGCAGGCCGUCAUCGAGAUCCUGCGCAACCUCCACGCCGUGCCCCCCGCCGUGAUGGGGGAGGAGCCCGACAACAGCCCCCACCUGCAGGGGAACACCGCGGGGCCUCACCGGAGCCUGACCCGAGCCGCCUCGCUACAUGGGGCCGCGGGGUCCCCCGGCUCCCCGUCCAACACGCCGCCACCGCCGCGCCUCUACACGGAGAAGAAGAUCCAACACGAGAGCCUGGUGAUCGGAGCCAUAGAGAACGCUUUCAAGGAAAUGGAUGUGCAGAUCGAGAGGGAGAAGCAAAUUUAUAACAUCACUGGAGGAUGCACGGCUCUCACUGUGGUUUACCUGCUGGGGAAGCUGUAUGUUGGGAAUGCAGGCGACAGCAGGGCCAUCAUUAUCAGAAACAGUGAGAUCAUACCCAUGUCGGCAGAGUUCACCCCCGAGUCGGAGCGACAGAGGCUCCAGUUCCUGGGUUACAUGCAGCCUCACCUGUUGGGGAACGAGUUCACGCACCUGGAGUUCCCCCGCAGAGUUCAGAGGAAGGAGGUGGGCAAGAGGAUGCUCUACAGAGACUUCACCAUGAGUGGAUGGGCCUACAAGACUAUUGAAGACCAAGAUCUUAAAUUUCCUCUUAUAUACGGCGAAGGAAAAAAGGCCCGAGUUCUGGCGACAAUCGGUGUGACCCGUGGGCUCGGUGACCACGACCUGAAAGUUCAUGACUCCAACAUUUAUAUCAAGCCGUUUCUUUCCUGCUGCCCCGAGGUGAAGGUGUACAACCUGAUGCAGUACGAACACGGGGCGGACGACGUUCUUGUGAUGGGAACUGACGGACUCUGGGACGUCCUCUCCAACGAGGAGGUCGCCGAAGCCGUCGCCGCCUUCCUGUCCAACUGCGACCCGGACGACCUGCACAGGUACACCAUGGCGGCGCAGGACCUGGUGAUGCGAGCGCGCGGCGUGUUGAGAGACAGAGGCUGGCGGAUCUCCAACGAGCGCCUGGGCUCCGGAGACGACAUCUCGGUCUUCAUCAUCCCUCUGAUGUACGGCAACCGGCUGCCCUGAUGACCCCCAGGGGAGGAGACGCCCCGGCUCGUGAACUCACACAGAAACCCCCGAAACGUCCCUGUUUUUUAAUACCUUGGUAGACACGAGGAAACCCCAGAUCCUGCCGGUGCUUUAAUUCUGUUAGUCCAGGGUUCAGGUGGGACUGAUCAGAGCUGCUCCUGAACUUUGUAAAAUACGGGGAAAAGUUCCUGCCCGUUCACUCCUCUCUUCACCUUGUUCGUAGCUCUAUACUCCUCUUUCCUCUGCUGUGAAAAUUGGCCAAAAUUUGACCUUUGACCCAAAAUGGCCAACUUCCUUUUGGUUUUAGCGCAUACCUCCAAGAGACUUUUUUUCUUGAUUUGGAGAGCUCUACCCAUGUCCCGAAUUUCAGCUUUGUAGGACUUACCAGUUCCUCUAUCUCAUGAUAGGUGGCGCUGUUGAGUCAUUUGGCCACGCCCAUUAAAAAUUCCAAUGAAAUCUUGCGAUUUUCUCCGGGGGACAUCACUGCAAAAAACUGACCACCUAACCAUGUUUUAAAAUCUUAUAUCAGCCAAAAAGUC